GAACGAGCAUGAUCAGUUACAUCCUCUUGGUAUCCCGGCAAGGGAAGGUUAGACUUGCAAAAUGGUUUGUCACGAUGCCGCCCAAGCAGAAAGCAAAGAUCGUGAAAGACGUUACUCAAAUGGUGCUUGCGCGCAGAACCAGGAUGUGUAACUUCCUGGAGUACAAGGACACGAAGGUCGUCUAUCGACGUUAUGCCUCACUAUUCUUCGUCUGCGGAAUCAGUGCCGGAGACAACGAACUGGUCACGCUCGAGAUCAUCCAUCGUUACGUCGAAGUGUUGGAUCGGUACUUCGGCAAUGUCUGCGAGCUCGAUCUUAUCUUCAACUUCCAGAAGGCAUAUGCUAUCUUGGACGAAUUGAUCAUUGCUGGUGAAUUGCAGGAAUCCUCAAAGAAGUCCGUACUCCGGGUGGUUACACAAUCCGAUAGCAUCGAAGAGCAAGAAAACAGUGAGGAUACUAUGGCACGAUUAGGUUCGAGAGUCGGUCAGAUGUCGAAGGCCCUCUAGACCGUCGGUCUCUUUGACAGCUGCCGGCCACUUUCUGUGAGGGGACCGAUACGAGAUAACCUCCGCAGGUUCGUGGCACCUGUGUGAUCGCCAACGCGACGAGGGAGGAUCGGAGAGCACACGAUGGGUCCAUGCCUUGAUCGCCCAGACCGCUGUAUACCUGUAGACGUCUGUGUACUGUAUAGUACUCCUGUGUAGGGCCGACACCCGGUGUCCUCUGGGUUGCCAGGAGUGUCGCCCGGCAUUCAAGGAACAUUCAGGAAGAGGUCUUUGAGGCGCUCGGAUUUGCCUUGCCAUUGGAUUUAUUCUUGUUGAGAACGUACCAACGGACCAAAUCGAGCGUAGCAAUCGAAUCUUCCACGGAUGAGUGACCGACAGUGGCACCGCCGGCUUGGAUAAUCUGGCCCAAGUGCUCUUUGACAAGUUCUCGCAAGGCCCGUCUAUAAGGCGCCCCAGCGCGAUGCGGGAAAAGGACAGCAGUGUCGACGCAUCGAUGAUGGAUCAUCCUCAGCGUCUUCAGAUCAUUCUCUAGCGCAUGACCGACCAUGAUUGUCUCGGAAUUGAUGAAAGCGUCCAAUGACUUCCGAAUUGAGGCCAGGGGCAGGACGGCUUUGGCAUGUUCUUCAGGCGUGAUACCAGAGAAUCGAGUGUUGUAAUCAAUCACAUAUACUCCGUCAUCCAUCCUCACCAGCUUGUCGAACACUUCGGUACCAGUGCCAUCCACCACUGACACGCGAG